GGGCGCAAGACUAUACUUACCCACCAAUCGUGUGACUCGUUAUUGCGCUGACUGCCAAUGGCAACCCCGUUUCUGCUGUCAUGGCGGUAGCGAUGAUAGGGAGCUACACAUUGUGGUCUCCCGGGUCGUUACAUUUCACCUAAAAUCGUAAAAAUAUUGGUAUUUCUUUCAGCUGGAAUUCAAGUUUUGACCCGAUGAACCUCUGACUAUAUGAGCCAUGGCGACCGAUUUCAGCGGCAGGUGGAAGAGCAGUCGUUCGGAGGGUUGGCCAGAACUCCUGGACAAACUGAACAUUCCGAAGGACAAGCUGCCGCCCGACCUGAGGAUCACCCAGCUCAUCAGCCAGACCGGCAACCAGAUCAACAUCAAGACCACCAACAACAUCGACGACACCAUGCGGGAGUCCACCAUCGUGGUCGGGGAAAAGUUCGUGGACCGGGCGGCUGGGCAUGAUAUCGAGUACCUGACGGCGUGGAACGACGACGGGAAACUGGUGCUGACUCGCACCAAUGGCAACGGGGGCAUGACGCGCGAAUUGACCGCCGGCGGGGAGAUGCUGGUCACUCACCUUCACGAGGGGGUGGUAGCCAAGAGCUUCUUCGCCAAACAAUGACCAUCAAUGACUUAGUUUAAUUGUGAAGAAGAAACUUAUACAAGUACAACGAUGGGAUGGGGAAGUUCUCAAUUAUUGAUAACAGAAAUGAGGUGACAGUUCUUCGAGCAUGACGUCGCGCUAUAAAUUGUUCACUCUCUUUUGUUUGUAUUAUUACAUUUUUCUGUUUAUUUUUGUUCUUUCCCAUUGAUAUUGAACUGUGCUCAAUUUAAGCAGAUACCACAUAUGUUUUUCACUGAGGGCUCUUUUUCCUGUAAACAGUACCUUAAAUAUGAUAUAUGCUGGUGUGAAAAUGGAGACGUUCAUAAUGUUUUUGAAGGAGAAACAUCACACCAAGCUUAUAAGUAUUUACUCGAACCAGAGGCUAAAAAACUAUACAAAUAUAGCUUUAAAGAUAUUUCUCUUUUUGCCACAUCUUGUUCAACUAUAUUAUCUUGUUUUGAAUUGAAUUGUCAUUAAGAGCUGGAUUAUUAAAAGAGAAAAUAUCAGGAGACAAUAUGUGACAUCUUGGACGGUGUCAAAGAGAUGUAAAAGGAGUCGGCUGGCGAAACGCCGUGAUUAUCAAUAUCCUGUACUGGAAAUUCAGGUAAUGGUCCUAGAAAUAAAAUGUAAAUUUUCAGAGCUGGUGCCCAUAUAUCAAAGUGAAUAUUUUGUACGUUAACAGACAAAAAUGAUUCGUUCUUUAAUAUGCGCAAUUGAAAUUUUGCCAGUUGGAUGUACAGAUUUAGAGUCAAAAGAAUUUUAAAUACUUGUAUGAUACUACUUAGCCACGAUUUAUCUAGGUUAGGGAGUCUGUGAAAAAGAAAGUACUAUUUUGUCAACUAAAUAUCCACAUGAUCAAUGUCCAAGUUUAUUGUAUUUCAGCAAAAUGAACCCGCAACGUGUUACUGAGCUGGAAUGAAGAAGCCUCAUAAACCCAGAAAAUGAACAAACUCUCGGCAAAUCGGCAAAUGUUCGAUACACUGGUGUAUUUU